CGUGUAUGCCAUUGGCCUUUCUACUGCCGUAAACGUUUUCAAUAAAAUAAUAACACUUACGUAAAACAUUGUUCAAACACACACACAUACUCGAACGCGAUAAGGUGUUUCGAUGUAAUUUAAUAGUGUCACGAGGAUACAAAUCGGCCGGGCCUGGCGAUAACCAUUCAUCGGUAAACGUCAACAAGUGCGUCCGAAGAUGUAACGCAGAAGUAACCAGCCAGUAUAAAAGCUUUCCACCGUCCAAUACGACAUGCCGUUGGCCGGUUCCUUUCAGUAUUUGAGUUUGCGUCCCGACCAUGUUUAUCAUGACUCUCAUUAACCCCAUUAAAGCGAGAAGUGCACCGGACAUAAUAGCAGAGGACCUAAAUACCAUCUACUACGCCAGAACAAAGUACAAAGCACUCUUACGAUUGGACGUAAAACGCUGUGAGAGAUUUCAAAACAUUAUCGCCAUGAUGAUGACUCCGCAACAAGAAAAAGCUAUAAACAGUAAUAAGCCAGGUCUACGAGAGGCUGGGAUGUCUUUUGGACAAAUUUUAAACAAGAUUGAGUGGUUUGCGCAUCGUCAUCGUAGUCACUGGGGAUUCAACAAGAACCACGAAAAAAAUGAAGAUCGUUUCCUAAGACUUACGGAACAAGCGCUGGACGCCAAGCAGCAGGCGCAGUCGCCCGAAGACACCGAGGACUUGUCGCCCUUGCCGGCGCAUGCGCAGGGCCCCGUCCGGAGACGGGGCGGCAUCUCCGCCGAACCGGUAACGGAAGAGGAUGCGACCAGUUACGUCAAAAAGGUUGUGCCGAAGGAUUACAAGACGAUGGCGGCGCUAUCGAAGGCGAUCGCCAAGAACGUGCUGUUCUCUCAUCUCGACGAGAACGAGCGGUCGGACAUCUUCGACGCCAUGUUCCCGGUCACCUUCCUCCCCGGCGAGGUGAUCAUCCAGCAGGGCGAUGAAGGCGACAACUUCUACGUCAUCGAUCAGGGUGAAGUCGAGGUCUACGUCAACAACGAAAUGGUGACGACUAUCGGCGAGGGCGGCAGCUUCGGCGAGCUGGCUCUGAUUUACGGUACCCCGCGCGCGGCCACCGUGAAAGCGAAAACGGACGUGAAACUGUGGGGCAUAGAUCGCGACUCGUACCGCAGGAUCCUGAUGGGCUCGACGAUACGCAAGCGCAAAAUGUACGAGGAGUUUUUGGCGCGGGUCUCGAUCCUCGAGAACCUGGACAAAUGGGAACGCCUUACGGUCGCGGACGCGCUCGAGCCGGUCAGCUUCGAAGACGGCGAGACCAUAGUGCGUCAGGGCGAGCCCGGCGACGACUUUUACAUCAUCGUCGAGGGCACGGCGACGGUGAAACAGAACCGGGGCGAGGGGGAGGAGCCGAUCGAGGUCGGCAGGCUCGGGCCCAGCGAUUACUUUGGGGAGAUCGCCCUGCUGCUGGAUAGGCCUAGGGCCGCGACCGUCGUCGCCAGCGGUUCGUUGAAGUGCGUCAAGCUGGAUCGGGCCAGGUUCGAGAGGGUGCUCGGUCCCUGCGCGGAGAUACUGAAACGCAACAUCACGCAGUACAACAGCUUCGUCUCGUUGUCCGUGUAGAGUCGACACCGCCGCCGGCCCCUCCCCCGGCAAGAACUGACGCUCUUCAGCCAAAUUUAAGUUUUCAUCGUUUGCUGCGGCUAGUAGUUGAAUCGCGCGGUUUCGUUUGGUCACUGGCGCCCGGCAGACCCGCGUACAUACCCGCCACAGCCCGCCUUUUUUGGAUUUCGUCAUGUAUCGCUUGAAAAAACGACCCGCCUACUGCUCAGUGUAAAUGAACUACCAUAUGCACCCCUUUUUUGCUCUAAACUCGUAGUUUUAUGUAAAAAAUGAUGCUGCACAUUUGAACUACCGCGCUGCGCGUUAGAAAUACCGUCCGAUGUAUAUGAACUAUGUGCUCGUAUAGGUUCCUUUUUUGACUUAUGCGCGCAUCUGAUUUUUCCUUUUAAACUGGCGCGUAGUUGUCGGAAAACGCUUUCUGCGGGGUAUUUUUCUUUUCGCUCUUUUUCUUCUGUUGUGACCGGAACACAUUCAUAAAAAUAAGUACUGCGCUUUGGUUUUUCUAUUAAAAAAGAAACCUAAAUUUUCAUUUUUGAAACAUGUUACAAAUGAACUACCGGUGUUCUUGAUUCCCGUCUCCGAGCCAGUGACCAGAACGCGCUAGAAUUCGUUCUAAGAUGGCGAUUUAAUCUUAAGAACGCGUUUUAAAUCGAAUUUUGGCGCCAAAUUGCAUAUAUCGUUGUUGUUUCAUUUCGAGAGUCUAUCGCUAAUUUAUUGACCACGUUGUUGGGGAAAGGGCGAUUCCGCAUAUUCCGCGACCCACCGCUAACACUAAAAAAAAAUCCAAAUAUUUUUAUACUUCGCACCCAUCAUCCGCCCGCGAUACUUUAACACCUACCGGAACGUGUCGUGCGGCCCGACUAUUCGUUUUACCUAUAAUAAAAUUGUAAAGGGAUGUGUAUAUAGACGAUUAAGAACCGUUUUCUUCCAAUUAACGAUAAUAUUUUAGCUGGUUACAGUUAUAUUAAAUUAUUAA